AUGACUGAGUCGGCCGUGCCCUCGCACUCGGCGUCGCCCCUCGCUUCAGCCAAUGCGAGCAACGGCGAAAAGCCUCGCAUGCGCGCGGUCCAGCUCAUGCGCCGGCUACCCGCGCCACCGCCCACCACGCCGCCCCAACGAGGCCGACGCCGCUUGCCGUCAACCCCGCCCCGCUCGCCCCGCCUGUCUUUGGCUAAUUCUUUCGGUGUGGAUGAUGAGGAAGCUGCCACCGUCUCCAGUCGUGCCUCCUUCGACUCGCAAUGGUCUUCCCCCCUGGCAGCACGAGCCUCUCUCCCCUACGCCGGCUCGGUCGGCACGGUCGAGGAUGAAGUUUUUGACGACCCCCUCAAUCAAAGCCUCAGCCUCAGCCUUAGCUUUAGCGCAGACCAAGCUGCAGCACUGAGCCCGUUAUCCAAUCUUGGGGCACAGGCCAGCUUGCCUUCCAGUCUAGAGGUUGGGCCGACUUUGCCAACUUUGGAUCCAACUGUGCCUGUGGCGUUGUCGCCUCGGACCAAGCUCGCCGAUGCACAGGACAGCCACAAAAACAGUGCUCACAAGAGCCGCUGGGGUAGCAACUUGGCGCACCCACCCGCCCACGUGGACAGCCCGCUGGCACACAGCCCCUCACGAUCAAACACCGAUGCCCCUGAUAAGCGGCAAUCCGUCAUUUCUGCACAGGAGCUACGAGAGGCCCUCGAGGCCAUCAUUCAGCCUGCUGGCGAAGAUGCCUCCACCGAUCUGAACGACGCACUGCAAGAAAGCCGCCGUCUGGCCAUCUCGAGCAAGAACAACAACGAUUCCGAGACACCAUCCGCACUCAGCUCAGGGGCAGCCUUUCACAUUCACUCGGCUCAGUAUAGUACGCCCCCACCAGAUUGCGGGCCCCGAACACCGCGCUUUGCCGCCCAUGCGGUUGGCAUCAAGCGCACCAAGCUCGGACGUCGCCCCGUGUUCAAGCCUCGCGCGCUGCGCGAUCCGCUCUUGGACGGCCUGCCGGAGGAAGGCACCUUCUUGCGCUCCGUGAUCGCACCUGCGGGUUCCGUGCAGACAGCUGAAUCCAACCGUGGCUCUUCGCUGAGUGACCACGUCCACGCACGCUUGCAGGAAAUCCGCAACCUCCAAUGGCGCAACAUUCGAGAGGAAGGCUGGGGCUGGCGCAAAAAACUGGCCAAAAAGGCGCUUCAGUCCAAUACUGGCCUUGGUCACGUGGGUCGAGAUGAGGAUGAAGAUGCUCAGGACAACAGCAGCGUCACCACGCGAGAACAGAAGCGCACUCGCCCCUCACGACUGAGUCGAAGCUGCGCCGCGGAAGUCCGAAAGCAACCCAUCAUGGCCUACCAGAACCUUUUUGGCAACCGUGAUAGCCAGCACUUUCAACUUCGUCGUAAUCUUUUCAUGGACGAACCUGCUGCUGAAGCUGAGCCCAGUUCUGCCAGCAUGCCAAUGGAUCCGCCUCAAAAAGUCACCGGCUUUCAAUCGCACUUGACCUUUGAUGCCCCAACGCGCCCAACCAUACUGGCCCCCGUUGAAGAUGAGGAGGAGGACGACGAUGAGAUUGAUCUCAGCCUGGCCACCAGCAGCGACUUUUUGAGCUCUAUGGUCCCACGAGCCACGGUCCGCCCUCGGGAGCGAGGCAGCCUUCGCUCACGCGACUUGCUGGGCAGCUCCUUGCAGGCAUCCCAACUCAAAACCAGCUCGCCAUCCACUUCGCGGGAGAACCAACAACAGUCGAAUCACAAACCCUCGCCAUUUUUUCGCGUCAAAUCGGCAUCGCCCCGCAACGGGGGCCUGGAAUGGCUCGGUGACUCGCGCGGUCGUUGGGAGACAAGUCCCAAGCAUGUGGCGCUUGAGCGCGCCGUCAACCAAGCCCUUUACUGA